AUGACUCACCUAUUUCGGUCUCGAUCCCUCGACUUGAGUCAUAUUCCACGGUAAGCCUACUUUUCUUGACUUUUACCCAUAUUUAAGCAUUUGAAUUCUCUAUUCAAAAUUUAUGCUAUAAAAUUAUAAAAUAAAUACUUAAAAUUUCUUUACCACCUUUAUGCCUUAUUAAUUUGACUAUAAUUUACAGUGGGGAACGAUACCUGUCGCGAUGGUCGCGCGAAAACACCCCCGUCGACCCAUAUGGCUCAUACUCGCGCAGCACGCGUCGUUCAUUCACGCCCGUCCGUGAAACUGCCGGCUAUCAGAAGGUGCACGACUAUCGCCGCGCCUUCUCUGAAGAUCCACAGGGUGCGGGUUCGUUGACCGGCUAUCGUCGUCGCGAACCACUAGCCUAUGUUCAUACGCCAUAUCACGCAAACUACGGAUAUUACACGGAGAAUCAGCCCAUUCGUAAAUACGACGUGUUUCAGCUGAGGACAUGGUCUUAUCCAAUUCAUAAGUAUGUUAAUAUUUUAGUUGAAGAAGACUGUGAAAGUGUUUUUUUAUAAUUUAAAUUUUAAACUUUAAGUUGUUAUGAAUUCAAUUCCAAACCUUUCAGAUACCUAUAUGGCCGCGACACCCACCACGACCGGCCGUACAGCUACAACCGCGACUAUGCCAACACCCCCAAAUACACUCCUCCCACAAUGACUGCCGAACAAAACUCCCUGACGCAACGCCGCGGCUACUCCGGCUACAACUACAUCAGCGGCGGCUCGUACGAUGUUGCCGCAAAACCCUGGUCUCUAAGCAACUACCGAACCCUCCGAGCACCACACGUAACCAGCGCUUCAUGGUACUGGCACGGAAGGAGCAGUUUAAGACAUUACAACAGCUACCGCCCUCCCACCAACUCUUCACGGCUUUCAACAUACUGGAAACCAUAUUUUUAA